CUCACGACACCUUCACCUUUUUCACUCCUACUCAUCUUCUCAUUCUCUCUUCUACCUUUUCACUCUCCUCCUCCUCUGUCCACUUGUGCCACCGCACAAGAGCAGCGCUUGUGCCAUCAGCCCUCCCCCGGAAUCCGCAGAUCCCCUUUUCCGCCAAUUCGCUGCACGGGCGACAAGUUUGCCACCCAACUAAACGCCAUUGCUCCCGUCAACAACUGUGAUCCCCUGCCUCGCUCUCCUGCUGGCCCAACGGCUUCGCUGCCAUGACUAUCAACUCCUCCGACGAGGACGUCUAUUGUACCAUCGAAGAUGGCGACGACGAUUGGACUGCCUUCGAUGAAGACGACGGAGAUUACAUCUUCAGUGAUGGUGUUGACAUUUCGCCUUCGCUACUAGGACUCAGCUCUCUCGAAGAGGACAUGGCGGUCGCCAAGUGCAUGCUCGAGGGUACGGGCAUCGCACUAAAGCACGCCAAUUAUGAACUUGUCAUUGCGGUUCCUCUCAUGGACCUUCCUCCUUUACAAUGUGCAGCAUACGGACUCGUUAGCCUCGCCCCAAUUCGUAUCACUCUUCAGUUCACCAAUGGGUAUCGUCGAACCUCGCCGAAACCGAUCGUGAUCGUGGCGCACGAGGACAGCAAUGGACACUGCAUGGAAACCUCGUCCAUCCGCGUCCACCCUGGUUUCCCUAUCGGCCUGAAGUUAACGCAGACGGCUCUCAAGUUUCUCAACCAGCGGUGGGAGACCAACCGGGGCGAACAUUUCCUCUCCGACUUGUCGCUGCGACUGUAUGAUCGGCUACUGCACGCGGGCAACACCUGCAUGAUGUGCGACGAGGAUCUUCCUUUUCCCGGCCUGAAGCCCACCGUUUGCGACCGGGAGCUGUGCUCGUAUCAACUGGACCACCUCGGUCUCGGCGCCGACUUGUCUCUGUGCGACACUGAUCACAAGGUUGCAGACCUCCUAAUCUCAGCGGCUGCUGCCGCGUGCAGCGACAUCGCCCGCCAGUCUGUUUCCCCCAUUGCUAUGCCUUUCAACAAGGUGACUGGAGAGCACUACAAGGCACCCGAACUGAACCGCCUCCUCCAAAUGCUGCCCUCCACCUCCAUCCUCCGUCACUUGGGCCCCAAGCGUGUCAAUACUCUUAAGCAGAGCCACCCCGACAUACCUUUCAUCAUAGGGUGGGUGUUCGCCACGAACCGGGCGCAUAUCGUCUCAAUCCCGGAGGAGAAGCAGAUUGCAGCUAUGCAAACUCCGCACCAGUUUCAGAUUCACACCAGCACCCGCAAACACGCUGAGAAGUUCGAAGCUCUGCGCGCCAAGCACGGCAGCACUUGGGCCUUUCACGGAUCCUCCAUGGCGAACUGGCACAACAUUCUGCGCCAAAACCUUAAGAAUGCCAGCAGGACGCCCAUGAUGUCGGCAGGCGCGUCGUACGGGGAAGGAAUAUAUCUUGCCUCCUCCUCGGCGACAUCUUCAGGGUACAUGCGCGCUUCCAGCGCAUGGCACAACUCGGCAUACGGGAGUCACCCACUGUGCCUUGCACUCGUUGAGGUCGCAAAUUCGUCGCGAGUCCACCUUCACUUGAAUGGGGCCGUUAUCGUCGCCAACGAUGAGAACUGCGUUAUGCUCCGCCAGCUGUUCGUCUACUCCGGCGGAAAUGUGCCCAGCGUGAUCGCCAAGACCAUUGCUCAGGCACGAUACAAGAACGAAACCACGAUCGCCUACGGAUCUACGUUUGACGAAGUCCAGGAGAGUGGCAAGCUCCUUGUCACGUCCGAUGAGUACUUCUGGGACAUUGGCGAGGUGAUCCACAUCGUCAAGGCGAAGAACGGCCUCUUUAUCAAUCCCUACAACAACUUACCGUUCGCACAGCCCGACGUCAACCGCAUCAUUAACCACCCGAGCGGCGCGGGCCGGGAGCUCGUAGCGAUUGAAGCCCAGAACCUCAAGCUCAAGCAGCACAUCUCCCCCGAGGUCCUAUUGCGUCUCCGCACGGUCGGUGACAUCUGCAUGCGAGACAACUCUGACGACUUCGCGACUGCGAUGGGUGCGAUCUCGGAUCUCAACGAGUGGCUAAAGCUUCUCCCUUCCUACGAGCGCGACGCCCUCGCCCGCGUACCCUUUCAGGCAAUUGACUCUCACACUCGCAUGCCGUUCCGCGACACGAUCAUGCACGCCAUCGAGCUCGUCAUGGCGGGAGGCGAGUGCACGCAUCGUUUCGGCGACUUUCUCAUUCAGAUCAAGUGAUGUUGUAAGAAAUGUCUACUGUGUUGUUAGAGCCCCCAUACUUUGUCUACGUUCAUGUAUGAUACGCUCCUGCUGUACUUUUAUGAAUACAGGACCAUGCGCGAAG